AUGAAACCUAAACAAACGCAAUUAACGCGUUCAAAAUCUAUUUCUUCCACUAAUUCAACUGGUAGUACGAGAAAUUACAAACAGUACAUAGAUACUGGUUUUCAAUGUAAUCAGCAAGCUGAAUUAGAAGCCUAUGAAUUAUCAAGGAAAGCAUUCCCUAAUAGUCCUAAUUUACCUACUUUCAUUGACGGUCAAAAUAAGCCUAUACUCGCAAAUAAUGACUUGAGAGCCAUUUUCUUGAAUAUACACGCACUUUUAAUUUGGUCACAAGAGUUCUUAGUUGAAUUAGAGAAUACCACAAGUAAAGGUUUGAAUGUCGGUGACUUAUUCUGUCAAUACAUCCAAUCACACUUUGAGCCACUUUACAUGUAUUAUUGUUCAAGACAAACAUCAUCAAAUAAUAGAUUCAUACAUCUUCUACAAACUGAUGUUAGAGUUCAGGCAUGGCAUGAUGAUUGUAGCAAGAAACUUCAAGGUUUGACUAAUGCUUGGGAUUUACCUUCACUUCUCGUCAAGCCAUUUCAACGUAUCUUGAAAUACCCAUUGCUAUUAAAUAAUCUUAUCAAAUGCAACGAAAACAAGUUUGGCGUUAAUUCUCUUGAAAGAGCUUUAAAAGACUUACAAAAUCUUGCGGCACGCAUUAACGAUGCGAAAUUUAGAAAAGACUCAGUUGACCAUGUUUUACUCACAAUUGGUAACUCUGGUUACAAUAGUGUAGAUGAGGUUGGUAGAACGCCCCCAACACCUAAUCUUAACACUGUCAAAAAGACUCCACAAAUGCCUUCAAAGAAAUCACGUACAUUCUUACGUCGUAGGGCUAAAUCUGUUACUCAUUCUUCACCAAGUUCGUCAAUAUCUUCGUCGCCCUUGCAGACACCACAAAAUUUGGCUGGUGAACAUAAUCAAGGUAAUCAAAAUGGACCACCUACCUAUGCACCUGAGGAAUCAAUAAUAUUUGAUAGAAUAGUUGGUCAGUUAGAACUCGAAUUACAACAAAUGGCUGCAUUCGCUAAGCAUAUCAAUGAUUGGAUAGGUUGCUUAAGUCUAGAAUUGAAUCAACUGGCUAAAUUAGUUGGAAAGUGGUAUGCAACUAGUUCAUUAGAUGGUGUAUCAGUUGUAGAGAAUGAAUCAACAAUGACAAUUGAAGCAUAUGCCCGUAUCAUUAGAGAAGUUUUCAGAAGACCUUAUGCGAAUUUAGUACGAGAAAUUGACAGCAAGAUACAUAAUCGACUGAAACAAGUGAUGAAAGUUACUUCGAACCCACGUAUUGUUAUACUUAAGCGUAAUGAACUCCUUAAGGAGUUUGAGACUGCACUCAUGGCUAUACCAUCAAAAAGUCGAGCUUCAUCAAGUCAAUUAGUUAGUAAUGCUCAUGAAGUUUUUGAGAAAUUCCAUGCCCUGGAUGUCCAAUUACGUAUUGAGUUACCAGAGUUCCUCAAAGGGCUUAGGAAAGCGCUUCGGGGGAUAGUUGAACAGUUCGUUAGGCUACAAGUGGAAUACUAUAAUGAAAGUCAUACAUUAAGGUUUCAAUGGUGCAAACAGUGGUGUACUUUUAAUCAUGAACACACACCAGAACGUAUAUUAAAAGAUUGGCAAAUAAGAUUCGGUAUUAUAUCAGAUCGCCUUGAUAAGCUAAACUUACAGAUAGCUCCUAAUUAUGACCUGCCAAGCAGGCGACAAAGCGAAACAUUCAAUGAUGUCACCUUGAGGACGAGGGCUGGCUCAGUUACUGAAAACACACGUAUCUCUAUGUCAGAUGAUUAUGUUGAAGGUAGUAUAGAAACUUCAAAUAGAUCAUCUGGAGUAUACAUAGAUUCACCACCUACACCAUCAUCAUUAUCACAUAAUAAUGAUAAAUCACCAACGCCAUCGUUUUAUACUAGAAUGUUACCACAAUUGUCAUUAGACAGUUACCGUACGGCGUUUAGCAAGCAAUCAGUUGAUAAAGCUGCUAUCAAUGAUGACGCCAAAUCAAUCGCAAACAGUUUAAAAUCGUUUGAAGUAGAAACUGAGAGGUUAGCUUGCGUAAUGGAACGUGAUAUUGGCAUUGGUGGAUUAGGUCUUCAAGUGCAAGCUAAUGAUGAAUCGACUACCCAUGAGUAA